UUGCAGUAUAAAACGUCCGGGGACGGCUCUACAGAGAUUUUAAUACAUUUCUUUCCAAUAAAGUGAUCCAUAUUUUGGAUCACAGUUUUAAUCUGGGUUUUAUUAAAAACAUCUUAGAAACAAUGAGUAAAUUACUGCCAUCUGCUGCCAAAUUUCUAACUUCUUCCACUAUCCCGAAAGCUGCCGCCCCGGUAGUUUCGUCAUCAAGCUCGAAAUUCAGCACGAAAUCUGAAGCUACAUUUGAAAUUAAGCCCUACAAACUCCAUAAAUUGGAGCAGGGACCAGCAACAUCAGCAACUCUUUCCUCUGAAGAUGCACUCAAAAUGUAUGAGAAGCUUGCAAUGCUACGAAGAAUUGAAACUGCGUCAGGCAAUUUGUACAAGGAAAAGAUUAUUAGAGGCUUCUGUCAUUUAUAUUCAGGCCAAGAAGCCGUAGCUGUUGGUAUGAGAGCUGCAAUGCGUGAUGUAGACUCUGUGAUCACUGCCUACCGUUGCCAUGGAUGGACUCAUCUUAUGGGUGUCAGCGUUUUGGGAGUACUAUCUGAGCUAACUGGACGUAGAACUGGCUGUUCAAGGGGCAAAGGUGGUUCUAUGCAUUUAUACGGAAAGAAUUUCUAUGGUGGCAACGGUAUUGUUGGAGCUCAGGCUCCUUUGGGUGCUGGUAUUGCAUUAGCACAUAAGUAUCGUGCCGAUGGAGGUGUUUGCUUCACAUUGUAUGGAGACGGAGCUGCCAAUCAGGGACAGUUGUUUGAAGCGUACAACAUGGCCAAGCUAUGGGACUUACCUUGUGUGUUUGUCUGCGAGAACAAUGGAUAUGGUAUGGGUACAAGUGUAGACAGAUCAUCAGCCAGCACAGACUACUACUCCCGCGGGGACUAUGUGCCCGGCAUCUGGGUUGAUGGUAUGGAUGUUAUCGCUACAAGGGAAGCAACGCGUUAUGCUAUUGACUACUGUAAUAGUGGAAAAGGUCCAUUGGUAAUGGAGAUGGAGACAUACAGAUACUCGGGGCACUCUAUGUCUGAUCCUGGCACAUCGUACCGCACACGUGAUGAGGUGCAGGAGGUGCGCCAGACUAGAGACCCCAUCACCUCCUUCAAGGAGAAGAUCCUCAGCAGGGAGCUGGUUACACCUGAUCAACUCAAGGAAAUCGACGCGCAAGUCCGUAAAGAGGUGGACGAGGCCACCAAGCAGGCCAAGACGGAGCCCGAGGUGGGAGUGGAGGAGCUCACCGGAGACAUCUACAGGAACAACCUGGAGACCCUUAUCCGCGGCCUGCACCCCGCCGCACCACUCCAGCACUAUGAGGUCGCACCACGAAACUGAACCUUAUGGAUAAGGUAAUAGAGUUCAUUUUUACCAUUAGUACAUUUGUAAUACAUUAGAAUUGUUUAUGUCCUGUUUACAUUAUUCCAGUCCCGUUUAAUCCAGUGCUGGAUUGUAAAAUUGAAAAAUGUAAACUCAUACUUGAAUGCACUAUUUGGUUUCAGUGUGGAAAUUUUUUGCUAUUUUUUUAUAAUGUUGGGAUUCCACUGUCGGAAAAAAUGUUACAGAUUGUCAUCCCUCUCGUUUUCUUUGUAAAAAACAGAGAUGGCAAUAUGUUUUUGUAGACAUUUCUACAGUGGAAAUUGAUUUUUUAAUUCAUGCAAGAAAUAAUAAAUAAAAUCGAUUUUUAGAGAUAUCGAUUUAAGCCGUCGAUUGAUUGAUUUUUUUUAUUAAAUAAUUACUAUUUACAUAGAAUAAUAAAUAAGUAUUGUAAUUUGGAUUAGUAAUGUAUUACAAAUAUAUUAUUGGAAAUCUAGUAAUUGUUAUAUAUUUAGAUAUUUUCAAAGGAAUUAAAUGAAUAUCAUUGUUAGGAAUCUUUUAAUGUAGAUUAAUUUAAAAAAAAACUUGUUCAAGGAGUUUUUACACUUUAGCAGCCAUUAAAUCUAAGAAAAAAGAAGAAAUUAAAACUUUUGAAUUUAGUAAUGUCAGAUCAGUUUUCUAUGUCUUUCUGUUAUUCAUGUUCUACAAUAUUAACACAUUUUUCUGCAGACAAGGGUUUU